AGAAAAAGACUACGUUUCAUUAUUCAUUUCAUAUAUAAACCAUCAACUCAAUUCACUCUCUCUCAAUUUUCUCAUAUAUUUUUAUAUAUAUAUAAACACGCUCUCUCUCUCUCUCUCUCUCUCUCUCUCUCUCUCUAUCUGUCUGUACAGAAAUAAAUACUCACAGAAACCCAUUACCACUCUUCACCUCUUUCAUCUUCUUUCUUCUUUGAUGAUCGGUUAUCAUAUACCCAAAAUGGAAAAAACCCGUUUCUUCUCUCAAUUCCUGACACUCAAUCUACUUCUUCUCACUGCCAUGGCCACGCCUGGACCAACCACCACAAUCAAUACCACAUCUAAAGAACAGAAAGAAUGCACAAUGUGCACCGCUUGCGAAAACCCAUGCGGCACACCAACCCAAUCGCCGCCACCUCCCUCUCCUCCGCCGCCGUCGCCAUCUUCUUCCUCCUCCAACUGUCCUCCGCCUCCCUCUCAGCCUAGCUCCGGCGGAACUUACUACUACUCCCCUCCCCCUCCGGCGACCCAAGAAGGCGGCGGCGGAAAUAACGGCGGAGGAGGAGGGUAUUACUAUCCACCGCCAAACGACAAGAAUUAUCCAACUCCACCGCCUCCGAAUCCGAUCGUUCCUUACUUUCCUUUUUACUAUUAUAGCCCUCCGCCGCCGUCGGCGAAUAACAGUACCUUCAACUCUGCUCCCAUAAUUUCUCUUCUCAUUACUGCUACUGUUAUCUUUGUUGGUCGCUGUUUGUUUUGAAGGAAAAUUUAUAUUUAUAAAUUAAAUAUAUAUAUAUAUAUAUUAGAAUAAUGUGGCAGAUUCGCAGAUCUAAAAAGAAAAACACGAUUGGAAAAGUUGGGAAAGAAAGAAAGAGAGAAGAAGCUUCGAGGUGAAAUUACGGAAAUACCCUUCUUGUUUAAACUAUAGUUGGGUUACUUCUGUGCCUUUGUUCAGUUAUUCUUACCAGAAAUAUAGGAAGGAAGAUAGUUUGGCAGAUCUUAAUGUAAGCACAUGUACUUUUUCUUUCUUUUUCUUUUUAUUUUAUUUUUAAAGCUGUAAUUUUGUUCUGUAAUUUGUUGACAAUUUGUACGUAGAUUAUCAUUAUUAUUAUGGUAAUUAUUAUAAUUAAUUACAAUUAAGAUGAGAAUAAAUGAAAGCUUAAGUCAUUUUUCUUUA